UCUAGAAGCCAACAGAACCCUCACCUCCACACAGCCCAGGCUCUUUGUGGCUUUGGAUGUCAAUGCUGAGUGCUGCAAAUGCUUAGGAAAGGGUGGGAGCCUGUGCUUGCCUGCUGGCCCUGGAGAGUGAAACCCCACAGUUCAUGGGGCAGUGAAGCCCAGCAAAUCCUGCAGCCAAAAUGGGUGGGGAAGUCUGGCCAGAGUGCAGCUGUAACCAAAGAGUCCUGGACACAAGCUCUGUGCAUGGCGUCAGCACCCCCCUCACCUGGAAUGAUCCCUCUGGUGUUUGCAGUGGUGAUGUUAUCAGAGCCUGGGGAAGAGCCAUGGAACCCUGGUUUGGCCUCAUGGAAGUUCAUUUUGGAAGUGGAUAACUGCUCAGAUUGCAAGAAUAACAAGAGUGCUGAGAGCUCAAUUUGGAAGAGCCAUGGAAGAGUCUUCCCAACCUGCUAAACCUCUGGAGAUGAACCCUCACUCUCGCUUUAUUAUUGGUUCUGUGUCAGAGGAUAACUCAGAAGAUGAGACAAGCUCCUUGGUGAAACUUGACCUGCUAGAGGAGAAAGAGAGGUCUCUGUCCCCUGUUUCUGUCUGCUCGGAUUCACUUUCAGACCUGGGACUUCCUAGUGCUCAAGAUGGCCUAGCAAACCAUAUGAGGCCCAGCAUGUCUGGUUUGCACCUCGUCAAGCAAGGCCGGGACAGGAAGAAAGUUGAUGUGCAGCGGGAUUUCACUGUGGCUUCUCCUGCAGAAUUUGUUACUCGUUUUGGAGGGAACAGAGUUAUUGAAAAGGUCCUGAUAGCCAACAAUGGGAUUGCAGCAGUGAAGUGCAUGAGGUCGAUCCGGCGCUGGUCCUAUGAGAUGUUCCGAAACGAGCGGGCAAUCAGAUUUGUUGUCAUGGUGACUCCUGAGGACCUGAAAGCAAAUGCAGAGUACAUUAAAAUGGCAGAUCACUACGUGCCAGUUCCAGGAGGACCAAACAACAACAACUAUGCAAAUGUGGAACUCAUUCUUGAUAUUGCUAAACGCAUUCCAGUGCAGGCUGUAUGGGCUGGCUGGGGCCAUGCCUCUGAGAACCCAAAACUACCAGAACUUCUCCACAAAAACGGGAUUGCUUUCAUGGGUCCACCAAGCCAAGCAAUGUGGGCUUUAGGAGAUAAAAUUGCAUCGUCAAUAGUGGCUCAGACUGCUGGCAUCCCAACUCUUCCUUGGAGUGGCAGUGGUCUUCGAGUAGAUUGGCAAGAGAACGAUCUUCAGAAGCGUAUCCUGAAUGUUCCUCAGGAACUGUAUGAAAAAGGCUAUGUGAAAGAUGCAGACGACGGCCUGCGGGCUGCUGAGGAAGUUGGCUACCCUGUCAUGAUCAAGGCCUCUGAAGGAGGAGGAGGGAAAGGAAUUAGGAAAGUUAAUAAUGCAGAUGACUUCCCCAACCUAUUUAGACAGGUUCAGGCUGAAGUCCCAGGCUCUCCGAUCUUUGUAAUGAGGCUAGCCAAGCAGUCCCGCCACUUGGAGGUGCAGAUCCUGGCAGACCAGUAUGGCAAUGCCAUCUCUCUCUUUGGUCGGGAUUGCUCUGUGCAACGCAGGCACCAGAAGAUUAUUGAAGAAGCACCUGCUUCUAUAGCAACUUCAGUGGUGUUUGAGCACAUGGAACAGUGUGCAGUGAAGCUUGCAAAAAUGGUGGGGUAUGUGAGUGCGGGCACUGUGGAAUACCUCUACAGCCAGGAUGGCAGCUUCUACUUUCUGGAGUUGAAUCCCCGUCUUCAAGUGGAGCACCCCUGCACCGAGAUGGUAGCUGAUGUUAAUCUUCCUGCAGCACAGCUCCAGAUUGCCAUGGGGAUUCCACUCCACCGGAUCAAGGAUAUCCGAGUGAUGUACGGUGUUUCCCCAUGGGGAGAUGGAUCUAUUGAUUUUGAGAAUUCAGCCCAUGUCCCCUGUCCACGUGGCCAUGUUAUUGCUGCACGUAUCACCAGUGAGAAUCCUGAUGAGGGAUUUAAGCCCAGUUCUGGUACAGUCCAGGAACUGAAUUUCCGCAGCAAUAAGAAUGUCUGGGGCUAUUUCAGUGUUGCUGCUGCAGGAGGGCUUCAUGAAUUUGCUGAUUCUCAGUUUGGUCACUGCUUCUCUUGGGGAGAGAAUCGUGAAGAAGCCAUCUCAAACAUGGUGGUGGCUUUGAAGGAGCUGUCCAUCCGAGGGGAUUUCCGAACCACUGUUGAAUACUUGAUAAAACUGUUGGAAACAGAAAGCUUCCAGCAGAACCGCAUUGACACUGGCUGGUUGGAUCGGCUUAUUGCUGAGAAAGUGCAGGCUGAAAGGCCUGACACCAUGCUAGGAGUGGUAUGUGGAGCUCUUCAUGUGGCUGACGUGAGCUUUCGAAACAGCGUCUCAAACUUCCUGCACUCUCUAGAAAGGGGCCAAGUCCUGCCUGCUCAUACCUUGCUAAACACUGUGGAUGUGGAACUCAUCUAUGAAGGACGGAAAUACGUGUUGAAGGUGACCCGACAGUCUCCCAAUUCCUACGUGGUCAUCAUGAACAGCUCUUGUGUGGAAGUUGAUGUGCACCGACUGAGCGACGGAGGGCUGCUCCUAUCUUAUGAUGGUAGCAGCUAUACCACCUACAUGAAAGAAGAAGUGGACAGGUAUCGCAUCACUAUAGGUAACAAGACUUGUGUGUUUGAAAAGGAAAAUGAUCCUUCCAUUCUGCGCUCACCUUCGGCUGGGAAGCUUAUCCAGUAUGUGGUGGAGGAUGGGGGACACGUGUUUGCAGGCCAGUGCUUUGCAGAAAUAGAGGUGAUGAAAAUGGUGAUGACACUAACAGCAGGAGAAUCAGGCUGCAUCCAUUAUGUCAAACGCCCUGGGGCAGUGUUGGAUCCAGGCUGUGUGAUUGCCAAACUCCAGCUGGAUGAUCCCAGCAGGGUUCAGCAGGCUGAACUGCACACAGGCACCUUGCCACAGAUCCAGAGCACAGCACUUCGAGGCGAGAAACUCCAUCGCAUCUUCCAUUAUGUCCUGGAUAACCUGGUCAACGUGAUGAAUGGGUACUGCCUGCCAGAGCCCUACUUUAGCAGCAAGGUGAAGGGCUGGGUUGAGCGACUAAUGAAGACACUGAGAGAUCCAUCUUUGCCUCUGCUGGAACUUCAGGACAUCAUGACCAGUGUUUCUGGACGGAUCCCACCCAAUGUGGAGAAGUCCAUCAAGAAGGAGAUGGCCCAGUAUGCCAGCAACAUCACAUCAGUGCUUUGCCAGUUUCCCAGCCAGCAGAUUGCCAAUAUCUUGGAUAGCCAUGCAGCCACCUUGAACCGCAAAUCAGAGCGUGAGGUCUUUUUCAUGAACACUCAGAGUAUUGUGCAGCUUGUACAGAGGUACCGGAGUGGUAUUCGGGGUCACAUGAAAGCAGUGGUAAUGGAUUUGCUCCGUCAGUAUCUGAAGGUGGAGACUCAGUUUCAGCAUGGUCACUAUGACAAGUGUGUCUUUGCCCUUCGGGAAGAGAAUAAAAGCGACAUGAAUGCUGUAUUGAACUACAUCUUCUCACAUGCUCAGGUCACCAAGAAGAACCUGCUUGUCACAAUGCUCAUUGACCAGCUCUGUGGCCGUGACCCCACCCUGACAGAUGAGCUGAUCAAUAUUCUGACGGAGCUGACCCAGCUCAGCAAGACAACCAAUGCCAAAGUGGCUCUGCGGGCACGGCAGGUUCUCAUUGCUUCCCAUUUGCCGUCCUAUGAGCUGCGUCACAACCAGGUGGAGUCCAUCUUCCUGUCUGCCAUUGACAUGUACGGACACCAGUUCUGCAUUGAGAACCUGCAGAAACUCAUUUUGUCAGAGACAUCCAUCUUUGAUGUGCUACCCAACUUUUUCUACCACAGUAACCAGGUGGUGAGAAUGGCAGCUUUAGAGGUGUACGUUCGAAGGGCGUACAUUGCCUACGAGCUGAACAGCGUCCAGCACCGCCAGCUGAAGGACAACACCUGCGUGGUGGAGUUCCAGUUCAUGCUGCCCACCUCCCACCCAAACAGAAUGUCCUUCUCUUCCAACCUCAAUCACUACGGGAUGGUCCACGUGGCCAGUGUGAGUGAUGUGCUGCUGGACAACUCGUUCACUCCCCCGUGCCAGCGGAUGGGCGGAAUGGUCUCUUUCCGCACGUUUGAAGAUUUUGUCAGAAUCUUUGAUGAAGUGAUGAGUUGUUUCUGCGACUCUCCUCCCCAGAGCCCAACCUUCCCUGAAGCUGGCCAUGCUUCCCUCUAUGAUGAAGAUAAGGCUGCCCGUGAGGAGCCCAUUCACAUUCUUAAUGUUGCUAUUAAAACUGAUGGGGACGUUGAUGAUGAUGGGCUGGCAGCCAUGUUCAGAGAGUUCACACAGAGCAAGAAAUCAGUCCUGAUUGAGCAUGGCAUCCGGAGGCUGACAUUCCUUGUGGCACAGAAGAGGGAAUUUCCAAAGUUCUUCACGUUCCGUGCCAGGGAUAAGUUUGAAGAAGACAGGAUCUACCGCCAUCUGGAGCCAGCUCUGGCUUUUCAGCUGGAGCUGAACCGAAUGCGAAACUUUGACCUCACUGCCAUUCCGUGUGCCAACCAUAAAAUGCAUCUCUACCUGGGAGCAGCUAAAGUUGAAGUAGGAACAGAAGUGACAGACUACAGGUUCUUUGUGAGGGCCAUUAUAAGGCAUUCAGACCUAGUUACCAAGGAAGCCUCCUUUGAGUAUCUGCAAAACGAGGGAGAGCGAUUGCUUUUGGAAGCCAUGGAUGAGUUGGAGGUGGCAUUUAAUAAUACCAACGUGCGCACUGACUGCAAUCACAUCUUCUUAAAUUUUGUGCCUACUGUCAUCAUGGACCCAUCUAAGAUCGAGGAAUCGGUGCGGAGCAUGGUGAUGCGCUACGGGAGCCGCCUCUGGAAGCUCCGCGUCCUCCAGGCCGAGCUGAAGAUCAACAUCCGGCUGACGCCAACAGGAAAGGCCAUCCCCAUUCGUCUCUUCCUGACCAACGAGUCGGGCUACUACCUGGACAUCAGCCUGUACAAAGAGGUGACGGAUUCCAGGACAGGGCAGAUUAUGUUCCAGGCCUAUGGGGAUAAACAGGGACCACUUCAUGGGAUGCUGAUAAAUACCCCAUACGUGACCAAGGACCUUCUUCAGUCCAAGAGAUUCCAGGCGCAGUCUUUAGGGACAUCCUAUGUCUAUGACAUUCCUGAGAUGUUUCGGCAGUCUUUAAUUAAACUCUGGGAUUCUAUGAAUGAACAUGCAUUCCUGCCAACACCGCCGCUGCCGUCUGACAUACUGACGUACACUGAAUUGGUGUUGGAUGAUCAGGGCCAGCUCGUGCACAUGAACAGGCUGCCAGGAGGAAACGAGAUUGGAAUGGUAGCCUGGAAAAUGACCCUCAAGACCCCGGAGUAUCCUGAAGGCCGUGACAUCAUUGUCAUUGGCAAUGACAUUACGUACCGGAUAGGUUCUUUUGGGCCUCAGGAGGAUGUGCUGUUCCUGCGGGCUUCAGAGCUUGCUCGAACUCAUGGCAUCCCCCGCAUCUACGUGGCUGCCAACAGCGGAGCCAGGAUUGGUUUGGCUGAGGAGAUCCGGCACAUGUUCCACGUUGCAUGGGAGGACCCAGAUGACCCAUACAAAGGAUACAAGUACUUGUACCUGACACCUCAAGACUACAAGAAAGUCAGCGCUCUGAACUCAGUUCACUGUGAACAUGUGGAGGACAACGGAGAGUCCAGGUAUAAGAUAACAGAUAUUAUCGGGAAGGAAGACGGACUUGGAAUAGAGAACCUCAGAGGAUCUGGCAUGAUUGCUGGAGAAUCAUCUUUAGCCUACGAGAGUAUUAUCACCAUCAACUUGGUCACGUGUCGGGCAAUUGGAAUUGGAGCUUACCUCGUUCGGUUAGGGCAGAGGACUAUCCAGGUGGAGAACUCUCACAUAAUCCUGACUGGCUGUGGAGCCCUCAACAAGGUGCUGGGUCGGGAGGUGUACACCUCCAACAACCAGCUGGGUGGGAUCCAGAUCAUGCACAACAACGGGGUGACCCACGGCACCGUGUGCGAUGAUUUUGAAGGAGUCUACACCAUUCUGCUGUGGCUUUCCUACAUGCCCAAGAGCGUAUACAGCCCUGUUCCUAUCCUCAAGGUCAAGGAUCCUAUAGACAGAACCAUAGACUUUGUUCCUACCAAGACUCCCUAUGAUCCUCGCUGGAUGCUGGCUGGACGCCCAAAUCCAAGUCAGAAAGGACAAUGGCAGAGUGGUUUCUUCGACAAUGGCUCAUUCCUGGAGAUCAUGCAGCCCUGGGCACAGACAGUUGUGGUUGGCAGAGCAAGGCUGGGAGGAAUACCUGUAGGAGUAGUUGCCGUAGAAACCAGAACAGUGGAGCUGAGCAUCCCUGCUGAUCCCGCGAACCUGGACUCAGAGGCCAAGAUAAUCCAGCAGGCUGGUCAGGUGUGGUUCCCUGACUCUGCCUUUAAGACAGCCCAGGCCAUCAACGACUUCAACAGGGAGGGGCUGCCUCUGAUGGUCUUUGCCAACUGGAGAGGCUUCUCUGGUGGCAUGAAAGACAUGUACGACCAGGUGCUGAAGUUUGGUGCCUACAUCGUGGACGGCCUGCGGGAGUACCGGCAGCCUGUGCUCAUCUACAUCCCACCGCAGGCAGAGCUCAGGGGCGGCUCCUGGGCUGUCAUCGACCCCACCAUCAACCCCCGGCACAUGGAGAUGUACGCGGACCGUGAAAGCAGAGGAGGAAUCCUGGAGCCAGAGGGGACGGUGGAAAUCAAGUUCCGCAGGAAGGACCUGGUGAAGACAAUGAGGCGAGUGGACCCCGUCUACAUGCGGCUGGCGGAGCGGCUGGGUACCCCCGAGCUGAGCGCUGCCGACCGAAAAGACCUGGAGGGCAAGCUGAAGGAGCGGGAGGAAUUCCUGAUUCCCAUUUACCACCAGGUGGCCAUGCAGUUUGCUGAUCUGCACGACACACCCGGCCGCAUGCAGGAGAAGGGAGCCAUCACGGACAUUCUAGACUGGAAAACUUCUCGUACCUUCUUCUACUGGAGGCUGAGACGUCUUCUUCUGGAAGAUGUGGUCAAAAAUAAGAUCCAUGAUGCCAACCCUGAGCUGACCGAUGGGCAGAUCCAGGCCAUGCUGCGACGCUGGUUUGUGGAAGUGGAAGGGACAGUAAAGGCAUACCUGUGGGACAGCAAUAAGGACCUGGUGGAGUGGCUGGAGAAGCAGCUGAUGGAGGAGGAAGGGGUUCGCUCGGUUGUGGAUGAGAACAUCAAGUACAUCUCCAGGGACUACAUCCUGAAGCAGAUCCGCAGCCUGGUCCAGGCCAAUCCAGAGGUUGCCAUGGAUUCGAUCGUGCACAUGACCCAGCAUAUAUCACCCACCCAGCGAGCGGAGAUCGUGCGGAUCCUCUCCACAAUGGACUCGCCUUCUUCAACGUAAGAGCAUCGAUUUCCUGUACUCCCCCCUGCUCGGUACAGUGGAGGGGAAAAAAAAAAAAAAAGAAAAAAAAAGGCUCAGAAUUGCCCUUUGUCUGCUCAACUGCAACCACUGUACCGAGACGGGGAGGCUCAGGGAAAUGCUGGAAGAGUGACAUUUUUAUUUUUUCAAAUCAGACUGACCAGAGGAAGUGUGUCCUUUGGCCAGAGACACGAGGAAGAUGUAUAAACACAAGCGCCUGCGGGAUUGAGUUACA